AUGGAUUUUCCUAGCAUAGAUAAAAAUUGCGUUUCUCUCCCGGGUGCUUCAUUGAAAGUCGAUGUCGUUAAAAUGGAAUUUUCUAACCUUAUUUUUGUUAUAAUCUCAAAUAAUGGGAAGCUCGGUGAUAUGGUUCUCUAUGAAGAACAAAUCGUCAAUCCUCCAUUCCUCCCAUUAUCUAAGAAAUCCAGUACUUAUGAAAGUCGGAUGCUUCUUGGCUGUGAUAGGGACGAGUCUCAUCUUUUGGCUAAAAAGAUUGCUACAGAUUUAAAGACUAGCAAAAAAGUUAUCGUCAGUUCAACCCUAACAAAACCAAUUUCUUAUUCUGAUGCCACUGAAAUUUGCAAAGCUCUAACAGUUUCUAGCGUUGUAUGA